AUGAGUCUUUUUUUCUUAUUUAGAACUCGACAACAAGAUUUCUAUGAUCAAUAUUCAUCAUCAUACAAUGAUUCACAUUAUUGGCAUGGAAAUAAUUCAAAUUCAUAUGAUUUUAUGGUUCAACAUUCAUCUCAUACACUUUUACAACAAAAUGGUUUUACUCAACAAGUUUAUCUUAAAUAUAAACAACAAUGUCUUGAUGAUUUUCGUGUUGAUGGUGCAUCAUUUCCACAACAAUUUUUUCCAGCAAAAUCAAAUUAUAAAGAAUUUAGUGUUUUAGGAAGAAUUGGUAUUGGUUUAGCUAUUGUUGGUGGUGUGAUUAAUUGUAUGCUUUAUAAUGGUGUUAAACUAGAUGUUAUUGAAGAAGGAACUCAUUUUAUGAUUUCAUGGCUUCGUAGACCAAUUAUAUUUGAUAUUCGUACACGACCACGAUCUGUUCCAUCAAUAACAGAAAUAAAAGUCUGUUGUACUAAGUCUCAAUUUGAUGCUAUUGAAUUGAUUACACAACGUACACUUAUUUCUCAACGUACACAUUUAAAUUUUAGACCUGAAUUUACAAGUGCUGUUGAAUUCAAACAACGCUUUUUAGUCGAAAAAACGGAACAAAGUCGUCAAGCAAAUGUUAUUGCAGCAGAAGGUGAUGCUCGUACAGCUGAUUUGAUUGGCAAAGCUUUAGAUGAAGCUGGUGAUGGUUUGAUCGAACUUCGACGAAUUGAAGCCGCUGAUGGUAUUGCAAAUCAAUUAUCAAAAUCAAGAAAUAGCGUCUAUUUACCACAUGGUCCUCAAAUGUUACUUAACAUUACUGAUACUAUGCAAUAA